AUUAACAGUUUGGAUCAUUAAAUAAAACCCAAACCCAACGGCUAGAGUCCCGACAUAUCUAGUUGCACUAGAUGGGCAGAUACAUUCGAGCAAUAUUUUAUUACAACAGAUGGGUUGAUAUAUUCGAGCAAACCUCAGUGAUGACACAUAGCAGAGAGAGAGAGAGAGAGAGAGAGAGAGAUAUGGGAAGAGAUGGGCAUGGCCCUUUAUUUGAGACCAAGGAAGCAACGGGCAGGAUUGCAUACAAGAUGUAUGCAAUUUCCAUAUUUGUGGGUGUUUUCUUUGUAUGGGUUUACAGAGCUACUCACAUCCCAGUAGAAAAGGGAAAGUGGGCUUGGUUUGGAAUGUUUGGAGUGGAAAUCUGGUUUGGUUUGUAUUGGAUUCUCAUACAAUCCGUUCGUUGGAAGCCUGUCUACCGCUCCACCUUCAAGGAACGUCUCUCACAAAGGUAUGAAAACGAAUUACCUGGUGUGGAUAUCUUUGUAUGUACAGCAGACCCUGCCAUCGAGCCACCAACACUGGUGAUCAACACGGUCCUAUCGGUAAUGGCCUAUGAUUACCCACCGGAGAAGCUGAGUGUCUAUCUCUCGGAUGAUGCUGGGUGUGAUAUCACAUUCUAUGCUCUUUUAGAAGCGUCCCGCUUCUCAACGCAUUGGAUCCCAUUUUGCAAGAAAUUCAUCAUUGAACCAAGGUCCCCAGAGGGCUAUUUUUCCUCAACAUGUGGCCCAUCUGAUACUCACCAUGCAAAAGAAUGGUCGGUGGUAAAGACUUUGUACGAAGAAAUGAAAAAUCGGGUAGAAACUGCUAUGAAGUUGGGGAAGAUUCCAGAAGAAAUAAAGACAGAUUACAAAGGAUUUUCCGAGUGGAAUUCAUACAUAUCUUCGCGCGAUCAUCCUACAUUUCUUCAGAUAGUAAUCGAUGGGAGAGACGCGAAUGCUGUGGACAUUGAAGGAUCUACACUACCAACUCUUGUGUACUUGGCGCGAGAGAAGAAACCCCAACAACCCCACCACUUCAAAGCUGGGGCUUUGAAUGCACUGAUAAGGGUUUCGUCAGAGAUGAGCAAUGGAUCAAUUGUUCUCAAUGUGGACUGUGAUAUGUAUGCGAACAAUUCGAAUGUGGUGAGAGAUGCAAUGUGUUUUUUUAUGGAUGUAGAGAAGGGCCAUGAGAUCGGGUUUGUGCAGUUUCCACAGUACUUCAAUAACAUAACCAAGAAUGAUAUUUAUGCUAGUGCUUUAAGAGUAAUUAAUGAGGUGGAAGGUGCAGGGUUAGAUGGUUAUGGUGGACCACCUUAUCUGGGCACCGGAUGCUUUCAUAGGAGGGAGAGUCUAUGUGGGAGGAAGUAUGGUGAGGAAUACAAGGGAGAAUGGAAGAAAAGGAUUGAGCGAAAGGUAGAAACAAAUGCAGGUGACUUGGAAGAGAAAGCAAGGGCCGUUGCAAGUUGUACCUAUGAAGAGAAUACUGAAUGGGGAAAAGAGAUGGGCUUGAAGUAUGGGUGUCCAUCAGAGGAUUUAAUAACAGGACUGGCAAUACAAUGUAGGGGUUGGAAAUCCGUAUACUGCAACCCAGACAGAAAAGCCUUUUUGGGCAUGAGUCCUACCACACUAGAACAGUCGUUGGUGCAACACAAGAGAUGGGGAGAAGGACAGCUACAGAUAUUCAUGUCAAGGUAUUGUCCCUUGAUAUAUGGACAUGGCAAGAUAAAGCUGGGACUUCAAAUGGGGUAUUGCAACUACAACUUGUGGGCCCUCAAUUCCUUCCCCACCCUCUACUAUGUUAUUAUCCCUUCCCUUUGUCUCGCUAAAGGCAUCUCUUUAUUCCCUAGGAUCUCGAGCCCAUGGUCCGCACCCUUCACAUAUGUGUUCAUCGCCAAGUACGGAUAUAGCCUAUGCGACUCGAUCUGGUUUGGAGACACAAUCAAAGGUUGGUGGAACAUGCAGAGAAUGUGGAUAUUACGAAGGACCAGCUCCUACAUCAUCAGCACCAUAGAUACCACCCGCAAGCUACUGGGCCUCACUGAGUCAGCGUUCGUUGUCACAGCAAAAGUAGCUGACAAAGAAGUCCUUAGGAGGUAUGAUAAAGAGAUCAUGGAGUUUGGCUCCACUUCUCCAAUGUUCACCAUCCUUGCAACACAUGCAAUGGUCAACCUGAUUUGCUUGGUGGGUGCAAUCAAGAGAUUGGCCAUGGAUACUGAAAUCAGAGAUGUUGAGCCAUUGAUCUUGCAGCUUUUUCUAUGUGGGUUGUUAGUCAUGAUCAACAUGCCCAUCUAUCAAGGGCUCUUUUUGCGCAAGGAUAUGGGCCGAAUGCCUGUGUCACUUGCAUUUACAUGCACAUUUUUCGCUGUGUUGGCUUGUAUAAUACCCAUGUAUUAGAUUUUGUAUAAUGUUGUAAAGUUCUUUUGGAACUAUUUUUCUUUUUCUACAGGUGGGCACAUGUGCUAUUGUGGAAAUGUGUGCAAGAUAUAAGCUUUC